AUGCUGCCUAAGGCAGCCCCACUUGCCAAGACAACGGAACUUGGAGGACCAAGGGGUAACUGAAAUAGCCUCCUGACAGAGUUAGAGAUCUGUGUGCAAAGAGAACACGGUAGUUCAGCCACGCUAUCGAAAAGAAGCAAAACGGGGAACAUCCGCUUUUCGUUGGGAAACACCCUGAGGUAGGCCCAUGUAGUAGUUAAGUAGUUGAUCAACAACGCUGCGUGUGCUUAAACUAAGGGAACUAUAAGUCAGCGUUACUCCGAUAUGGCUGCCCUAGCUAACUUUGCUGAGAAGAAGAUUAGCAACUUUCGUUUUCUAGAGAUGCCAGCAGACAUACCUGGAACAAAUAUACUCCUCGUCUGACAUUUAACAGUCGGUUCACACUUACAUGCCCAAAGACUGAGGGAUGUGCAGAAUUAUCCGGUUCCCCAUGGGUUGGCUACGACUGCAUGUUCUGCUUGUUGUGAAAUUUUCAUAAUUGUGCCCGACUUUUGAUGGUUAAAUUGCGGCCCCUGUCUGAUUGAUGUAGUAGACUUGGUUGUGUUUGACUGUGUGGGCCAGUCAUUGCUUGUGGUUGGGAUAUUUGCAACCGUGAGGUCAUCUGGUUUUUUUACUUCUAGAACCAGCAGCUGCGACUUUCAAGUUGUCUUAAACCCUUUUGAAAGUGGUGACAUUGGACUUUCCCCACUCCCGUUUGCAUGUCCAGAUGAAGGUCCUUUACGUGAGCCGUUCACCACACUAUCAAAAUCGAAGGCGUGCUUCUAUCCCCUGUGCGCAUGGCAGCCUGCAUGUUCUGAUCCGGCCGUUUUGUCCUGUUUCAGCACCAGUGACGUGGACAAAACUGACUUUGUCAAAUUUGAUCGACAAAGUUGCAGUUACUGGGUCAAAAAUUGACCUUAUGCCCUCCGGCGCAGUUCCCCUACUGUAGGCAUAGGGUCCUUCAUUUGCAUGAGAUGGAGGCUGCUUAUGACUUUCUGGCCACACUUUCUGGGCCGACACGACCCGCAGGUGCUGCAGCAAUUGGACAACUGACUCAGAAAUCUCUCGAAUAAAUCAGUUAGCAAGAUUGUUGGAAUAGCUACUGCCCUUAAGAGGUGGUCUAGACAGAACUAUCAGACCUUAUCGCCAGUGACUGUGUCGACAGGAUUCCACACACUGAGGUAGUGUGUAAAUGCUGUGGGACACGCAACGUACAUCGUCGUUCGCGGCGGUCGAACUGACAAAUGUAACUGAUUUUCCCAGAAAACGGACGGUUAUUCAGAGAACCCAGUAUUUGUCUGGGCAGGGUUGACUUAAAUGACCCCCUAAACAGGAUAUGUGAAUAAAAACGCCUCGCCCAAUUAAUAAAAGUGGAGUAACAUUACCGACAAAGACAAAGUAGACUGGAAUGACAAUUUCUGGUUUAUUAGCCAUCGUAAGUCUGCGCAUAAUUCCGGAAGGGGCGAAAUAUUCCCGCGUCCCGACCCAAACAACAACCCUAAUAUAAAACUAAACCGUCGCCCUAAUCUUAACCCUAGCCCUACCCUAAACCUUGACUCUGCAGUUAACACUAGCCCCUACCUUGACCCAAAACUUGAUCCGAACUUACCUUACUGUUAAUUUCAAAUCCAGCAUUAAACCGGAUCCUUAGCCUAACGCUAACUAUAGCCUUAGACCUAACCCUUCUUCCUCUGGAAGUUGGCUCAAGGCCACCCGUAUUACAGGCGGUUCCCAUUCCCAUGUCCUGUUUGGAGGGACACAUAAGUCUGUCCUACCUUUAUCUCAUGUCUGGGACUUAUGUGAGCAGUUUAUUUGUGAAUGUCCUGCGCGUAGCUGUUCAUGAGCACACAAGAGAAGGGGAUUUGACUGUCGUGAACUAAUUUCUGGAAUUAACCCGGUUGAGAAAAUGUGUGGGUGCAAUCUCACAUCCUUUUACAGUCAAUCUAGUGGACAGAGUUAUUAUCUUCACAACCAAAAACUGACGUCCACCUCCGUAUGAGAUCGUUACACACCGAACGUCCUGCCGGCCUCCAACUUCGCGUCAGUUCACACGUCGUAAAGGCGGCCUUUACAAAACCAUAUCAUUUAGACAAGGUCUCGGAGGCCAGGAAACCUCGAGAAGUUGGAUUCACGUGUAUGGCUUCAUAUGAAGGCGCAAUCAAUUUAAGAUGCAAUAGUAAAGCACUAACCCAAUGUGCAGUUCAGUAUUUUGGAAUGCACAGCCUUGAUGCUUCACUACAUUCAGACGAUAGAUAUUGAAAGGAAGGAGGCGGGGAACUACUCCCUAAGUACAUCUUAAGUAAAUAGUAAAUUUCUGUCGUCACUUACUUGCUGUUGUCUUCGAAGGCACUUAGACAAUACGCAUGCCCGUUUUUAAAACCGCGUAAAGUCAGCAUGAGUCGCCCCAACUUGCAAUGGAUUCGAAGUUCUCGGUAAAUAAGUCUUUCACAAUCGACACGACCAUUUUCUUCCAGACGUUAUCGAGAUCCUUUUUCCAGCUCCAUUUUUGGAGUCUGGAUUCGAUUAAUCGUCCCUGUCGGUGCUUCGAGUACUUUUGACAUUCGCUUCAAAUCUAUAAUAGAAACUGAACAAACGGUAGGAUGUAUAACCCACCAACAUUUAUAGGAGGUGGGGGUGAGGACGGGUGCCGAUCCAGGCUCAGCGUGUUAUCUGGCUGUAUAACAAAUUUCAAAAUAAAACCGAACUGGAUGAGACACACGCACAGUCUGCAUCUUAAUAUUGUGCGCAUAUGUAUCAACAAUGUGAAAGUGUAGGAAUACCCCGAAAAAAAUUCGGGCUUCUGAAUCUGCGGCUUCAUGAAUUCGCGUAUUGUUUCCUUGAAAUCCGCAGAUGUAAUCCGUAGAUUUUUUCGUGAUCUGUAAGUUGAGGUGUUUUGAUGACGUAUCUAGUGUUUACGCUAUGAAGAUAGGUAUUUAUAAGCCCUUUUUAGUUGUUCGUCCAGAAUUCACUGGGGACCAGGAACGUAACUCCAACGAACUUCGGGGUAUUACUGUAUCUGUCCGCUCUCCCAAUCGAAACCCUGUUCGGUUGCGGAUUCCACUGGACAAAGUCAUAUAGCCGCCUGUGAAGAUGGGCUCCGUGAGGUUUGGGGCUUGUAAGUCAGUCCGAAAUACCUAAGAUCUGACGUAAGGUCCUGAUGCGGGGAAGUCAAUUUUAUUCCACCUUUUAACUCAGACGUUGUCGAUAGAGAGCUUUUUGACUUUCACUGUCUAAGAUAGAUGCUAAUGUUCCAGACAGUGCUGGUCCUUUUGUGGCUUUUCCAAAAGCCGUGGUCGGAUCUGGUUAUGCAACCCCACCUGAAGUAAACAAACCCCAGCCACCUGUACUACGGGACCGGUGGUAAUAGGGGUUUUUACAGGUGGAGGCGGGGAACGCACGGGCGCCGAGGUCAAGUAGUUGUAUGAAAAAGAAAAGCUAUUGGAAAUGCGCGGUUGUACUUUGAGUGGUUGAGAAGUAGUUGCCCUAACCCCUAAACCGAACCAUAAUCCUUAACCCUAACCCCUAGUUCUAACCCCUUAACCUCAACCCCAACAGUAUUGUUCCCAUCAGGUGGGGCUACAUAACCACAUCUUACCAAAGCCGCACAAAAGGGCUCCGGUGGACCCAGACUCGGCAUCGUUUACUUUUAUGUGAUGUUUGGGUGAUAGCCAACUUUCCAGAGAGGUGGGUUAGUUUUAUUUUUUUCACUGUUAGACGAAAGGACCAGAAGGCCCACUUUGUUCCCUGACGGGGACUAAAGGGGAGGGGGUGAGGAAGUCUGUUCGCAAAGUUGCUUAGAUUAACUACAGACUGUUUACAUUCUUUUCCCUCCGGACAUGGAAUGCAGCCACACAAGCCUACUGUGAACUGUCUGGAUCGGGGACAGCAAACACCUGUCCAUAUCGCCUUUACGACCGAUUUAUGGCUCAUGCACGCGUUCCUCGUAGUGGAAUUUUGGCUGAAGUCAAUUGCUGCGUGCGAGAUGUCCUGCACUCUCGAUAAUACAACACCGGCACAUAAUACCUGCUGGAAAGGGCCAUCUGCGUGUCUGUAAAGCACAUUUCCAAAAACGACUUGCAGAAUGACUGAUUUUAUGAGAACCAUUCGAUGAGAGCUAACAACGACUCCAAUUCGGAUUUCCUCGCUGACUAUACUGCAAGAAAACUGGAAUAUCCAGGGCGUGCACAUAUGCUCUCACAUCUGAAAGUUCCCCACAUUUUGACACGCUCACUCCUGUAUACAAGGAUCCGAAGACUAGGGCCACACAGACCACCUGUGUCCCCCCAGCUUCUUCUUCUUCUUCUUCUUCUUCUUCUUCUUCUUCUUCUUCUUCUUCCUCAUAAUAAGAAUAAUAAUAAACGGUAGAAUUUCCUUCGGUAAUCAUGAAAUGACUUGACAAUACCACUAGGUGUGUUAAUGUGCCAUGUUUAGUUGUGCUUUAGUCGAUGUCUCGAGAACCCCCAAUUAUCUCUAGCAACCACGCGAUGUGGUCACACUUCGCUCGGAACACAGUUGGAGGUGUUUCCUUACUGUUUUUCCACCUCGUUUGUAGCUCCUAUUGAAGCUAAAGGUAUCGACCAACGGAUAUCUCGUGCGAUACCAGACUGAGUGGACAAUAUAAGGUUUUGCAACAGAUAUGUCGAUUUUUUCCACUUCAGAAGCAUUUACGUUUCCUCACGAGUGUAAUGUUUUCUGAGCAUUCACGGCUUGGGGUGAAUGCUUUGGUCAUUGGGGUCGGCUUUGCUAUCCGUGCAGCACAACUGCCCCGAUUCUCACUUCCUAACCUCCUUAUCUAACCGCCAGAUCUGAAUAUAAUCGGCACCAGUGAUUAUGAAUGUACACAAGAGCUGCAUGACUUCUUCUGGCCUAUCGAUCAUUUCAUUUGAGAAGCUUAUUUUGACUCCAUUAUAAAUCUGAAGUUGUCAAGAUGUCGGUGGGAGUACGGAACUGUAAUGUUCUUAAACAGCAUCCCACUGUUUGCCACUAAGCUUCGGCUCUGAGACCUUGGUGUUACCAUGGCGUGGUUCAUUCAGGGUAUGCGGUUGUCCAUUCGGUGGUUCACUUGCAAACGCAGAAGAUUAGUGUCACCAGUAUCCUUUACUACAGCGGUUUUGUACUUACAUUAAAAAAGUCAACCAGAGAAGGGGCAGUGUGGAUGUAGCAAAAUCCUUUGAAUGACCACUUUCAACAGCUCUUAUGCAAGAACGGAGGGCGGACAUUGUUGCUAACCGAAUGUGUCAAUUCAAGGCAUAAGAACUAAAGGUUCUCUGGUGCUUGCACCGGCAGGUGAGGUUAGGGGCGUACAGAGGUAACAGAGGCAACUUUAAUACAACAAGGUCUGGAUAUGUUACUUUCCGGACCUUGGAAUAUACCCGUAGAUGCGUUUGACCCCCACGCGUCUACUUAAACAAGAGUAGAAAUCGAUGUUAUCCAUUGGUCAGUAGUCCGAUUUAUGAGAUUGUUGAUGGGCAAUGGACGGUCUAUGUUUGCAGCGCAGGGCUCUCAGGUGGCGAUGGAACGGAUACGUUUAACUUUUAGGUUAACCUUCAGACCCCGAUCAAACUGUCGUCGGUGAAAAAAAUAGCAUCCGGGAAUACAUUACAUAUUUCACGAUUUCCAAUGUUCGUAGUCGAUUGCCCAUAGAGAUAGAUACUGUGCUAAGUGGUUAUCAAAACCUUGAAAAUAGGAUAAUUCUUGAAAGCAUUUACCGAAGUAGUGAGUGUUCGGGCAUGUUUUCUAACGCAGACGGCCGUAUGGGUCAUAUUUGAAGACUCACCCAAACAUGAAAACUCAUCGUCGAUAAAAAUGAAUGUGCAUAACGAAAGUCGUCAACGGACACACAUUAUAUCGAUUAAAAACGUUUGGUUAGAUUUUUCACUUACCUGAAAAAUAAUAGCAAUUUUCCUGCCGCAAACGAUAGAACCCACUGUUAUCUUCAUAUUUGAGCCACUGUCGCUAUAGUUAUUAACUUUAAGGGUCCGUUCUACGAUUAAAAAGGCACAUAAGGGCGGGUCAUAUAAAUAAUAAGAUAUUAAUACAGCUGUUAGUCUUCUGCCGGUUCCGUUUCUACGUUUAGCACUAGUGGCGACUAGGCCAUGCAAAAAAUGCUCAGUAUAUGCUUAAGGGUUAACAUAACCACUUGGCGCAGGGCCUUUUCGAGGUAAGUUAUGGGACACUCAUGAGAGUCAGGAAAGUGUCGGAACGUUUAAAAAGACUUGACCGUCGGCGUUAUUACUGCGUUUUAGGGCACGAAAUCCCACCGAUUUGUCAGUAUGACAUUUUAAAAUAGAGGAAAUGUGCGAUUUUUUUUAGAGAUAACUUUGUUUGCAUCGACCCCAUCUGUAUUACGGAAGAAAAAAAUUAAUGUUCAAGUCCCACAAGCUGCUGCUGCUGAUGAUGAUGCUGAUGAUGGUGGUGGUGGUGGUGGUGGUGGUGGUGAUGAUGAUGAUGAUGAUGAUGAUGAUGAUGAUGAUGAUGAUGAUGAUGAUGAUGAUGAUGAUGAUGAUGAUGAUGAUGAUCGUUAUUAUGGUGGACAAGCGAGUUCUACUUCCGCUGGCAAACCGACAUCCUCGCCAGACACAUUAUCAUGA